AUGUUGGAAACUCUUUCACUUUUGAAAGAGAUUCCCGACUUCAAGACCAAACAGUCGAGAAACAGUUCUCAGAAGUCACACACAAAACAUUACUUUUCCUCCUUUAGAGAUCUCUUGAUCCAUUUGUUCAAAAAGGGAAACAGUGAACAUGAUAUCAACUACCCAAUCGUUAUCAUAUUAGACCCGAAAGAUAACGAAUCUCGACUGCGUGGGAACAACCAGCAAAACCACCAGCAAAACCACCAGCAAAACCACCAGCAAAACCACCAGCAAAACCACCAGCAAAACCACCAGCAAAACCAACAUUCUUACAAUGACAAACAUCCCACAAGUCAAGCUCACAUCUUGGAUAGUCUCCAUAACAAUGACAAGCGUCUUUUGCUCGACCAUUUCUUUGGCCACCACUGCUUACUCAUCCUCACUAAUUUGAACCAACAGAAACGCAUACAAAGAGAGAUUUACCGAAUUGAAUCCAAAGUCCACUAUAGAAUAGAGAGAGUAGGUCUAUGGACAGGCACAACCACUCGCGCCUCCUUAUCUAAAUGCAAUAAGCCUUUGACCAAAAAAGAAGAACAAGAUGAAUAUGACGAACAAGAGGAACAAGAGGAACAAGAGGAAGAGGAAGAUAUGGAAGCAGAACUUUCCAAACAUGAUGGAACUCGGACAAUGACUCAGCUGCUAAACAGGAUAGUCACCAGACCAAAUCGUACAAUCAAACGCUUGAUUCAAUUGAAGCAGUUGAUUGUUCAAGAGAUAGACUUUAUUGAACUCUUAUCUAACCAUGACAAAGAGCAUUUGGCCCACAUUUCAGCAAUUGUAGGGGACUGGUCUUUCCCAGCACACUCCUUCACAAAUGACGACUUGGUCUAUUGUGUUUUCGCAAUGAUAAAACUCGUGAUAAAACAAUUGGAAUCAGAAAGGCAGGAACACAAGUUGGAGUUUGCCGAGAAAUUACACGUGCCUUCUGAUAACGAGCUCUUGGCAAUGAUAUUCACAGUAAGAGAGUGUUACAGAAAUGGUAACCCAUUCCACAACUUUAGACAUGCUGUCGAUGUUUUACAAGCUUCGUUUCAUUUUUGUUUGAAAUUGGGCCAUUUCGGCGAUGACGAAGAAACUAUUGGUUCACUCCAGGUUGGGCUCAAAGAGAUUUUAAAAGAGAGCCCGAACUUGAAUCAAGGCGGACUUGGAUGUGUCAUUAACCCUGUGCAAAGCCUUGCAUUACUUAUGUCAGCUUUGGGCCACGAUGUGGGGCAUCCAGGUACGACUAAUGCAUUUCUCAUGCAAAACAAAGCACCCAUUUCAUUGAUUUACAAUGACCGUUCCGUAUUAGAAUCGUACCAUGCUGCAGUAUAUAUUAAUCAGAUUCUUGUUGUGUUUUGGCCCUCGUUGUUGACUACUAAAAUUGCCGAAGAAUCUAAACUUCUGAUACAUGAUGUUGUAAGUGCCACAAUCUUGGCUACUGACAUGUCGAACCAUUUCGAGUACCUCCAUCAAGUAGACUCAUUAUCAAAGGAAGAAGACUAUGGUCCUUGUUCAGACCGGAAAAUAAAGCUUUUGGGGUCGCUCUUGCUAAAGGCUGCUGAUAUAUCUAAUGUUGCACGGCCAUUGAAGAUUUCUUGUCAAUGGGCGGUUGUUCUUCAACGGGAGUUUGAUGAAAUUAAACAGUUGGAGGAGUUGAUACAAAGUCAGCGAAUUGCUGAGGAUGAAAAUGGAAAUGAUGCUGAUUUGUUUGGUUUUAAUAGUAGGUCCUACAACUCCAUCACACUGUUGAGCUCUGCUGCUCAACAGAGCGAAGCGCUGUCAGUUAUAGAAUACUUUGACAAUGAGGAGAUUGUUUACGAGGCCGUACCCACUGAAAUCAAUAAGAUUGUUUUGACAUACCCCGUAAUCCCUCAAGGUCAGUUGUUUUUCAUACGCACAUUUGCUGAAGGAUUGUUUGAAAACCUUUCUGAGUUGUAUCCAAGCUUGAGCUUUGCACGUGAUAUAAUCAAGGAAAACAAGAGGUUUUGGGAGAGUAAAGAACAAAAUUAG